AUGUCUCCAUCAUUGGACUCUCCCACAAAUGCCCUGUCUCAUCCUCCCCGCCUGUCCGUCAUCGUGACCGGGGGUGCAAGUGGUAUCGGCUUAGCCAUCACUUGUUACUUCGCCUCCCAAGGUCACAUGGUAGCUGUUCUUGACGUGAACUCAAAGACAGGUCCCGAUGAGGUUGCGCAAGUGGCAAAGGAUUACCCCGAAUCCACAGUCACCUUUAAAUGGUGCGAUGUUUCUUCGUGGGAAGGACAGUACACGGCCUUUGAUCAAGUCUAUCGUGAACAUGGCAAUCGAAUCGACAUUGUUAUUGCCAACGCAGGAAUCUCGGAUCCUGUAGUUGGAGCUCUUGAUUGCACUCCAACAGAGUUUCCGCGAAAACCACAACUGAGAAUGCAGGAUAUCAAUCUGAAUGGAGUCAUAUACAGUGUUAGUCUUGCUGUUCACUAUAUGCUGAAAAACGAGGUAGGCAGCCGUCUACCAAAUUCCAGAGGCUCCAUUGUCUGCACAUCAUCGUCGGCAGCCCUCUAUCCAUUCCCAGUCUCUCCACUCUAUUCGACAUCCAAGGCCGGCAUUGUGGGCCUCGUUCGGUCCAUGGCGGUCAGACUUGAAGAGCCCAAGAUCCAAAUCAACGCUCUUGCACCUGGUGCUUUGGAAACAAACAUCGCUCCUGACAAGGAUCUCUUCAAGCACAUGGUGAUUACUCCAAUGUCUACUUUGAUCAGAGCUGUUCAACAAUUUGUGACGGAGCCGUCAAGGACCGGUCAGGUGGCUGAAUUGAACGAGGAUACUAUAACAAUGAGACCUCCUGUGGAGUAUGCUAAUGCUGGGGCAGAGCACAAUAACAGGAUGUUUUGGAAACUUGGUUAUGCUUGA